AUGGCCGACUAUGGUUUGAAAAACAAGCUGCCCACUGAACGACUCAACCACAAAGUGUUCACACUCAGUGGAACUCCACAUGUGGUUACUUCGGCGACUCAGGAAAUGCUGAUCAACCUACAUGUCGAACUGAGAUUCUAUCAUGUUAUGCAGAACAAAUCGGCGAAUUAUCCGGAUGUCAUUCGUGCUAUUCGGGAGCUUCCGUGA